AUGAUGCGUCCCAACCACGGCUUUAUUCUGCUCCUCCUCAAUGGAACCGCUUGCUUGGUGGUGAUGGGACAAGAAGAAGAUUCUUCUAGCCCAAAGAGCUCCCCAGACGGCCCCUCCAAGACGGUUGGCCUUUUGAGUGGGCAGGCGUCCCUGUCGCCCCUGAGCCGCUGGAUGCUCCACAGCAAAAGCAGAGCUGCCAAUGCCACCUCUGUGGAGCUGCCCUACCGCUCCCCGGUCCCUUUCUCCAAGCAGGAGUUUUCCAAACAGGAGUUCUGGGAGAUGUUGGGCAGCGACCUCCUCAAGCCCGACACCUCCAGCUCCAGGGUCAAACGCAGGCCAAUCGUGAAGACCGGCAAAUUCAAGAAGAUGUUCGGAUGGGGAGAUUUCUACUCCAACAUCAAGACAGUGAGGCUUAACCUGCUCAUCACCGGCAAGAUCGUCGAUCACGGUAACGGCACGUUCAGCGUAUACUUUCGCCACAACUCCACAGGCCAGGGCAACAUUUCGGUCAGCCUGGUGCCCCCCGUCAAGGCUGUGGAGUUCGACCUGGAGCGCCAGAGUGUGGUCUACCCAAAAGACUCAAAGAUCUUUAACUGCCGGGUGGACUAUGAGAAGGUAGAUCGAAGCAAGCGCACUUCGUUGUGCAACUACGACCCAUCCAAGACCUGCUUUCAGGAACAGAUCCAGAGCCACGUGUCCUGGAUUUGCUCCAAGCCUUUCAAAGUCAUCUGUAUCUAUAUUUCCUUCUACAGUACGGACUACCGCCUGGUGCAGAAGGUUUGCCCAGACUAUAACUACCAUAAUGAGAUGCCCUACCUGCCAUCUGGCUAG